ACUACACGUGUGAUUGUUUUCUGAAAUUUACGAAUUUUUCCGUAAAUAAAACACAAUUUAAGCUAACUAACAUGAGUUCAGACGAGUCCAGCGAUGGCAUGGAGGAGCUUAAGGAACUUAUGGCUCUAUAUGGCCAUGAAAAAGAAGAAAAGGAAGGCGCCAAGAAACCCUAUGUUCCGAAAGCCUCGCAGGCAAAGGCAUUGAACUAUAUGGAGGUGCCGAUGGAAAAGGUGAUCCUGGGCGACAAGCAGAGGUUUCUUUCAAACCUGGCCAAAUCCGUAGGUGCUAAGUGGAGUCACAGCGAUGAAGAUGAGGAGAAGGAUCAGUCAGCUGGCCAAGAUAAAGCCGGAAACAAAAGGAAACCCGCCUGGUCGGAUUCUGAUGAUGAAGACCUCAAAGUGGGUGACGUCAAAAAGCAAACCAAGCACACAGGGCCUCUGAACCACUUGCGCAAGGACAAAUCCUAUAAGGAGUACCUCACAGCACGAUUCCAGCGAACUCUGAAUCAGCCGAAAUGGGCUGAGAAGAAAGCGAAGAACUCUGAGGAUGAAUAUGCCUCCUCCGAGGAAGAACUCCUUCAAACCGUGGGCUUCAUCGAUCACAAGGCUAAGCGGUUGGACCUGUUACCCAAAACGCUUGCCUUUAAACGUGUAAAGGACUUGAAUCGAUCAACCUACUCCGAAGGCGUGCCCAGCAGCGUCCAGUUCCAUCCCACAAGCACGGCUGCCCUGGUUUCGGGUGCGAACAGCGUGGCAACCAUCUACACUGUGGACGGGCAGAAAAACGAGAAGCUACACAGCAUGCGCUUCAAGAAGUUCCCACUCAUCUGUACCCGGAUUGCACCCUGUGGCACCAAGGCGUUUUUCGGCUCCGUCCGAAAGUUCUACUUCUCUUACGAUCUUCUGGAGGCGACCGAAUUAAAGCUUACGCUGCCAGGCGAUAUGGAAACCAUGCACAGUUUCGAGGUGUCUCCAUGUGGAAAGUUCAUUAUCGCCGCUGGAAAGUUUGGAGCGAUUCACUUGCUGACCGCGAACACCAACGAACUACUGCACAGCUUCAAACAGGAGGGCGGCGUGCGCGGAUUAUGCUGGACAAGUGACUCGAAGAGGGUUCUGGUGGUCGGCGCUAGCACUAAUGUGAAUGUGCUAAGCUUGCGGCAGAAUGUGAUCGAACACAGUUUCCUCGACGAUGGCUGCAUCCACGGACAAGUCGUCCGACUUUCGCCCAACCAACGGCUUUUGGCCACCGGCAGCGACGAGGGCGUCGUUAAUGUCUACGAUUAUGAAUGUGUUUACACCUCAAGCGCACCUCAGCCGGAGAAGAGCUUCCUGAACCUAAGAACAGGCAUCAAGGAUCUGCAGUUCAAUCACACCUCGGAGUUACUAGCCAUGUCUUCCAACAAGGCCCCGAAUUGUGUAAAAUUGGCCCAUUUCCCCAGUGCCACCGUGUACUCCAACUUCCCCAGCCAGAACGACAGCGUGGGCUUUGUCACCUCCAUGUCCUUUUCGCCGCACAGCAGCUUCUUGGCCUUUGCUACAAAAUAUAAAUACGUGCCGCUCUUUAGGCUUAAAUACUUCAAGAACUAUUAGCUUUUAAUCCGGAGAUGUGUACAUUUUAUAAAAGUUG